GUUUGAUGUUACAUUCUACAAAUAAUAAUUUGAAGUUUGUUUUCAACUUUUUUAUUUUCUGCUUCUAGUGUAUUUUCGACAUUCUGUGUCUUGUGAUUUCAUAUUCAUAAAACCUUAUGUUUUAGUUUAUAUUAAUCUUAUUCAUUCAGGUUUCAUCUGUUUUUUGUUUGAAUUGUGAUUUCAAGUAGGAAAGCUGAGAAUUGUAAACAGUGCUCAUGGUGAGAUCGUCAUGGGUUGCUUAACUUGGAUUAGAGGGCUAAAAAUCUCAUUUCCAAUCAAAGACAAGGAGUUAAACAAAAUAGCAGCCUUCUUUAACUUGAGUACAUUUCUGCUGACAUGUGCUGCAUUGGUUCAGCCGAGUUGGUUCAGGAUCAGAGGCCUACAUUGUAUUGAGAGCCUUUCUCUAUCACAGUUCUUCACAUUUGAUCAAAGUGAUGAGCCAGAAAUAUCCAUUCAUCAAAAUGCAGAUAUUUAUGGACAUUUUAAUAUUAUGACUGGAACAGAUUUUAAUGGUCUUCCGCCAUGCACAACACCAGAGAUAAUAUCACUUAUGAGAGUUCUAAUACUCUUAUGUUUCAUGGUGUUAAUAUGUUCCUGUGUUGGUGUGCUUAUAAACAUCACAUCACUGAAUAAGCAAGCAAUCCGAAUGUUAAGACGUAAUGCAGUACCGAGUAUAGUGUGUGUGUUUUGGGUGAUUGCAAUAGUAGGAGUUUGUUACUAUACAACAGUUGUAUUGGGAAAUGUGAAUAACAGCGAUCCUAAUGAAAUACAAGUUGAUUAUGAAUAUGGAUUUUAUACUAUAACUGGAGCUGGUUGCACUGCCCUCUUAGCUUCUGCAGCCAACCUCUGGGGUGCUCCUCUUUCUAACGAUGAAGAUGUCCAACGUAGGAACCUAAUGGAAGAUUGGGAUGGUUAUGAAGCGCAUAGUGUUGGUCCCACUCCAUCCAUACCAGCAUUACCCCCAUACACACCUAGUGCCUACCCUGCCGGAUAUGCCCCAUCAGCACAUCCUGCGUUUGCCCCACCUGUGUUGGGCACCCAACAGUAUUUUCCUUUUGAUGAUUUGUCCACUUUGCCGCCACCCCCACCGUAUACGCCCUAGGAAGUCCGAUAUAGUUAAGUGCUGUUCCAAAAUGUUUCUCAAGGUACAAUUUCAUUUUCGACAGCCAAAUAUGUCAUAAAUUUAUUUGUAAUUUUAGAAUUGGUAUAAAGACUAAUUUCUAAACAAAAUGUAUAGAAAAAAAAUAUAGAAAAUCUAUUUUUUUAAAUAUGUGAAAUAAAAUAUUGUUCAUAUGUUUUAACAAAAAUUGAAAUUUUAUGAUAAAUAUAUUAUUAGACAACAUAAAAAAUUAAAGAACCAAAACUAUUUCUCGUAUGUAUAAUGCUUUAUGCCCUAGUUUGCAUAAUUUUUAACAAUAUGAUUCUGAACUUGUCUUAAAACCUCAGAAAUAGAGAUAAUACAUAAUAUUGUAUCACAAACUAAUAUGGCUAUUUAUAGGAUUUAAUUGUUCAUAUAAAAAUUUAAGAUCAAAAUUUGUAAAUUACCUUAUUUAUGUCAAACUAUAAUUUCCAUAGCAAUAUUAGUUGUUUUCUAAUUAUAUAACACUUAUUUAUUUUGA